CAAACGGUUGAAAUUUAUCAACAAAAUAGUUUGAUUCCACUUCCUGAGGAUUUAAUUUUUUAUUUUUGGUUUUUUCUGUUCUGAAAUACAUUUUCCUUGCCCUGAUUUUUUGCCGGUUAUGUGUUGUUUGGGAAGCGAUUCUCUCGUUGGGCUUUGAUUUUCAGUAAUUCUUCUGAAUUCUGAGAAAUUGAAGUUGGUUUCGGAGGAUAAGCGCCGAAUGAAUCCAUUUUGACUAACAGGAGGCUAAGCAAUUUUUUUAUUUUUAUUUUUUGCUUGAGCCGGUGAGCCCUGAUUUUGUGAAGGUGGAGAGGCGAAAUUGUGGGCAGGGAGGGGGGGGGAAAUAAAUGGACGUGGCAUCGCAAUUGAAGCGUGGAAUAUCACGCCAGUUCUCGACGGGUUCGUUGAGGAAGAGCGGGAGAUUCAGUUUCCGGCGCCAGAAUUCAAUGGACCCGAGGCGGAACAAUUUUCGGUUCAGCUUCGGCCGGCAGUCCUCGUUGGACCCCAUCAGGCGGACACCGGUGGUGGACGAGGGCUCCGACGAAGUGCUGACUGUGCCGGACAAUCUCGAUUCCACAAUGCAGCUGCUGUUCAUGGCUUGCCAGGGUGAUGUGGGAGGGGUGGAGGACUUGCUUGAUGAAGGGAUUGAUGUGAACAGCAUUGAUUUGGAUGGGAGGACUGCCUUGCACAUUGCAGCAUGUGAGGGGCACGUGGAGGUUGCCAAGCUUUUGUUGAGCAAGAAAGCCAAUAUUGAUGCUCGUGAUCGAUGGGGCAGCACGGCAGCUGCUGAUGCCAAAUAUUAUGGAAAUAUUGAUGUUUAUAAUAUUUUGAAGGCUCGUGGGGCAAAAGUUCCGAAAACCAGAAAGACGCCAAUGACAGUUGCAAAUCCUCGUGAAGUUCCAGAGUACGAGCUCAAUCCAUUGGAUAUUCACAUACGGCGAAGUGAUGGCAUCUCUAAGGGAUCUUACCAAGUUGCUAAAUGGAAUGGAACAAAAGUUUCUGUAAAGAUACUUGACAAGGACGGCCAUGCAGACUCCGAAUCUAUAAAUGUAUUCAGGCAUGAGUUGACUGUGUUAGAAAAGGUUCGGCACCCUAACGUCGUUCAAUUCAUUGGUGCUGUCACCCAAAAUAUUCCUAUGAUGAUUGUUUUGGAGUAUCAUUCAAAAGGCGACCUUGCUAGUUAUCUUCAGAAAAAAGGGCGCCUGUCCCCAUCUAAAGCAUUAAGAUUUGCUCUUGAAAUCGCAAGGGGCAUGAAUUAUCUACACGAAUGCAAGCCUGAACCAAUCAUACAUUGUGAUUUAAAGCCAAAAAAUAUUUUGCUGGAUUUUGGAGGGCAGCUGAAGGUUGCAGGGUUUGGUGUUAUUAGGUUGUCGACAAUGUCACCCGAUAAAGCUAAACUAGCGCAGCCUGAGGUUAUAGAUCGUUCAAGUUUCUAUACGGCACCUGAAAUUUUCAGGGAUGAAAUUUUUGACAGAAGCGUGGAUGUGCAUUCUUAUGGUAUUAUGCUGUAUGAGAUGAUGGAGGGGGUGCCACCAUUUUCUUCUAAGUCAGCCGACGAGGCUGCUAAGUUAAUCUGCUUAGAAGAAAAGAGACCAACAUUCAAGUCAAAGUCGAAAUCAUUUCCUUCAGACCUAAGAGAGUUGAUCGAGGAAUGUUGGAAUCCAGAUUCUGGUGCAAGGCCAACAUUUUCCGAGAUCAUCAUACGAUUGGAUAAAAUUGUGAUGAACUGCUCUAAACAAGGAUGGUGGAAAGAUACUUUCAAGCUCCCUUGGAAAUGAGUCGCGCUAUUCAUUUUAUGUAACGCGAAAAAAAAAAAGAAGACAAAGUUCAGAAUGCAACUCGUGUUUGUGCACUUACUGAAAAUAAAUAACUAAUCGUGCAAUUGUGGAUAAGUGGAAAACGAGUUGUUCGACGAGUGGGAGCCCCGUGUUGUAUACUAAAUAAUCCGAAUGAUUGAAGAGUCAUUUGGAGUGUAUAGAUUGAGGAAUUGACAAAAUAAGCUGAGAAAAAUCUGCUGUUUGUGAGGGGUUUUUGGAAUGUGUGUGAAUGUAUCUUUUGUUAUGCUUGUAUGUUUAUGUUCUUAUACACCAUUAUUAAAUAUCCUUAUUUUUUUGCAUAUAUAUAGAUAUAUAUUUGUUUU